AUGGUGAAGAUUCUACCGGGCAAGUGCUUGUGCGCCAAUGCAUUCACAAACCCGUGGCUAUUACAAGAGCAAUACUAUUUGGCCAACCACAUCUUGUUCGCCCUUCACUACCGGCACUCUGCUCUUCUUCCGGGCGAGUACGAUCACCACGUCCUUGAGCUGUUCCUUCAGAUGGGCCACAUGCAACUGACGGGCGAGCCGCCACCUUGCGCGAAGCGGCUAUACAUCCCUCCAACAAGUCCCUCACAGUACGAUGAGUGGAUGCCCUGGCACACCACCAUCAUGAGAGACUUCCCCGCCUACGUGGACGACUCGAAGGCGUUUGAUCGUCAUCUCGCAGAACACGGGCUCGCACGGGCGCUUCGCCAGGCGCACUUGAAGCUCAGGCAGGAGCAUACGAGCACGCUGGGGCUAAAUUCGAUCGUCAAGCGUCUGUGCGUGCCCAUCGAUGCGCAGAAGAACACGAUCCCCGGACCUGUGUUGUCGGACGAGAGCUGGUAUGCCCAGGCUCAUCUCCGCGUGCAUACUUGGAACGAGCGUUCCGUGGAGAUCGUGUGUGGUAUGUCGAACGGCGAAUGA